CUUAUUGUAGUGACCAAAAUCGCAGAUGGGGACAACCAACUGCAUUUUAAUACGAAAUUACAGAAUCUCUUGGUAAGAUAUAAGAACCAUAAAUUGAAUACUCCAUUUUCAAAUCUCCAUCAUUUGUGCUUCACAUUCUGUAUGAUUCUUCAGAUCUACAAUUCCUUUCUUAUUCUGUUUCUGUUUUCUUCAAGUCGACUUUCAUAGCCUUCUACUGCCAGGGUUUCCACUUCCCAUUGGUGUUAUAUACUACUUAUGUCGACAGACUUAAGUAACAUACACCACAAUAUUAGCACUACAACAUCACGUUUAUCGAGUGACUAGCAAAAUAACUGAAAAAAAACUAAAAUGAAAUAGUUAAAAAAUUCAAAGAAACAUUUGUAAAUGAGUCAAAAUAUAUCGUUAAAAGAUUGGUAGACUACGAAAUAUCUAAUAAGAGAAUAGAUAACUAGUAGAAUACUAAUGAUGAUCAUGGUACAAUAAUGACUUGAACGUUUCAGUUAUGUAAGAAUAAAACAGGCAAAAUGAAUUUCGAAAAGAAUAGGUAAUUAAUAAUUCUAUUUUAAUCUACUUCACUAUAGCUUAUAUUAAUGGUCCCCACCUUUUUAUCUCAAAGGAAAAUGGUCAUUAAUCUGCUAAUGACAUAGUUAAAUGCAGCCUUCUAAGGGCUGAACUUUCAAUACUUUAUUUAUUAUUACACUUUUACUUAAGUCAACUUUGAUUAAUUUUUUACUGGGUUUGUACUUCGAGCUCAGUAGUUUAUUACAAAUAUUUUAUUGCUGCUCUUGAAAACAUCAUUAGAGCUCAUUUCCACAUGAAGCAUGUCACAGCUGAAUCUCACAUCUCAUAGAAUACAAGCAAAAUAAUCUAUCUGAGAUGCGUAUUUUCUCCAUUAUGUCGAAAUUGUAAUGGUAACAAGGAUUUAUCUCACUGUUAACCAACAAAUACUAAACUUCUAUAAUGAAGCGUUCUUGGGGAUCAAUAAGUAUAGUCACUAAAAAAUAUAUAGAAGGAUAUGAAAGGGGUAUAGAUGUUCGGUCUUGGAGAUAUUUUUAACGCUGAAAACAGAUUCAUGGAACCACGAAGUGUACAGUUUUAUCCGGGGAGGUUAAGUCAUCUACUAAGGGGGAGAAUACAUAUCAGUCAAUGUAAGACAAACCAAGCUGGACGAGAGUAGGAUGUGAUAAGCCCAGCAUACAAAUUAACUCUGUAAAACAAAUGACUGCUAAUCUAGUUGGAUUUCUUCAGAUGUCAGUAUCUAGUAACUGUCCAAUUUAUGUGACAUGUAUUAGCAUUGACCACUUUAUUUAAAUUUUAUUUAAUAUUCAUGAUUUUAAAACACAGGUUUUUGAUUACUCGUUUAAAUUUCAUUUUUAAAUAUUGCUUUUAUCGUAGAGUGACACCUGAGAAAAACCCAUUUAACUCCAAGAAGCACUAAAUAGAUUAUCUGUACCAUUUGCUUAUCAAUGAAAAUGAUCACCCACAGUCAAAGUAAAACCAAACCAGCACCUCCGACUUAUAAGAAUGUACAAUACCGCUCGACAACUGAAUUCAUAUCUAUUGGUCCCUAAUUUUUAAGCUUAAUACACUGGUAAAACCAUAACAUUGUAAAACUAAAAGAUCAUGAGCCCGAUUUCCAAGUAGUCAUUUUUAUUCAUUGCUGAUAAGUCCCAAAGAAAACGUCACGGCUGACUAAUGCACCUAACGUUUAAGAGGUUUUAUAGAUUGUCAAUCGGUGAAGAAAACUGAAAAUGUCUCUACUUACCACUAUAUCAAUACUUAUUACUUGUCCUUUUGCGUCACUUGGAUGCAUGUUAAAAUGAAAUAAUACAAACAUGCGUAAGAUUUUGUAUCUUUACAUCUGUAUGUUUGUUUUGAUUUUUACACAUAACUGUGCAUCAGCGGGAUGUUUCAUUUGGUGCAAUAUUAUCAGACACAUCAAAAUUAUCAUGCUAAAAUAACUUCGAUUUUUUCACCUGCAAUUUUUCCAGUACAAAUGAUUAUCAGACCUCUACCAUUUUAUCCUUUUCCUGAACGUCAACAUCACAAAACACAACUACUAAAGAUCCUGGCAAAACAUAACAAUAUACUACUCAGUGUGAAUAAAAACUAUGUGCAAACAAGUGAACUUCAAAGUCUGUUCAUCUACAUAAAUGUAGCCCUACCAAUGGUUAUGUUAUAUCGUUAUCACAGUAGUGUAUGCUUAGCAAUUGAAUAUAUUCGUGUAUAUGAAGACGAAAUAACACGAUAUGAAAGUAUGUUACGUGGAGUACCACAUACUAAAUUACUACCAUUUGGUUCUAAGUGGGAGGUAAUUGAAUCGCAACACCCAAAUUACUCUUUACCAGCUAAUUUACUGACAGUACCUAGAACCAGAGCUUUAUCAGAACCUGUAGUGACAUUGAAUCCAAGUGCUUUUUUAAAAGAAGUUCAUACACUGGAUAAAAGCAACACUACAAUUCAUGGAAAUCAUCAAAAUAUUUCAAGUUUAAAUGAACAAGAAGAAAAACAACAAACUAUAAAAUCAAAUAAAUUGGAACAAUCAAAGUCGCAAAAGUAUACCAAUCAAAAUAAAAGACGUACAACACAUAUCAGUAUGGAAUUAGCACAAUAUCGUGUAAACGCAAGUGAAAUGGAGCAUCGUCUGGCUGAAAUGAAAUUAAAAAAAUAUAAACGUGGUAAAGACGAUCACUCAAUAAAUGAGAAAUUAACACUUAAUAGAUUUAAUCCACAUAAAGAAGCAGAGCCAACAAUGUCAACUUCGUUAUCCGACAGCGCAUUAUCUACAGUACGUACCACGGAUACGAUUAAUGAAGAUGAUGAUGAAGAUGAUGUUACUGGUGGUAUGGAAUGUGACGAUUAUGAACGACAGAAUCCAUCACCUGAAUCAUGUUAUUAUACUAAAACAGGGGAUAGUAGUUCAGCUACAUAUCUUACACAAAGUCAAUUAUAAUUUUGAAACAAAAACAAUUUCUAAAAUUAAAUGUAAAGACAUCAUUCAAAAUAAUUCCAUACGUCUAUGAGUGCAUAUUUUAAAAAAAUAAUUUCGAAUUUGUUUACUUAAAAAAAACGAAAAAUUAAUUUUCUGUGAUAAUUUAUUGAUUGAUAUUAAAAAGCUUUAUUGAUUUUGUUGUUGUUGUUGUUGAUGAUGAUGAUGAUGAUGAUGAUGAUUUACUGUUCAUGAUAAAUUUAUUAUAUUGAAAUACUUUUUAUUGAAUAUUGUUUUGAUUCUAUUUUUUACACUUUCAUUGUUUUUCUCCUUCAACCUUAAACUACAACCACCAUUCAACAAUAUCGACAACAAUUUAAUUUAGACAAAUAAAAUUAUCUUUUGUUAUCUACUUUAAUAUUUUAAUGAAACACUUUAUGUGUAAAUCACAAUGAUUAAUCAAGCAACUAUACCGUACAACUAGAUAGCAAUAAGAAUAUUAACUUUUCAACACAAAUUCACAAAAAUGACCUUUGUGUUUCCCUUACUCUUAUUUACUCUCACCAAACUUGGCUUUUUUUCUGAAAUUCAUAACAUUAAACACGUAGACCAAAUCAAAUUCCGAUCACAUCUUUUUAUUUUGAAUUUGAAUUGCAAUAUUAUUGUACUAAUGAUGAUUUUUGUGUUUAUGAUUUGUUAGUGUUUUCUUAUUAAAACAAUAUUAAUAAUUUC